AUGGUAGCGUCCUUCGAAACAGUAUUCCAAUUGCCAUUGCAUUGCAAUAGAUGCGUGAACGAUGUACAAGAGGCAUUAUCUUCAUUAGAUCAUGUGGAGGAAGUAAGGGUGGAUCUUGACAAUCAGUCGGUCGCUGUAACCGGCUUAACCCCACCGUCAGCGGUAGUCAAAGCGUUGCGGAAUAUUGGGAAAGAUGCUAUCAUCAGAGGUAGUGGAAAACCAGAUUCGGCUGCAGUUUGUAUCUUGGAAUCAUUCGGUUCCAAUGAAAAUUCGCAACCAGUCAAAGGUCUCGCCAGGAUUGUUGAAAUAGGUAAAGCUAACAUCGUGGUUGAUCUCACGGUAGCUGGGCUUAAGAAAGGUUUAUACUUUCCUCUGAUCAGGUAUUCAGGAAAUCUUAGCGAAGGCGCCUUAUCCACGGGAGGAUCAAUGUACGAGUUUGCCCCAAUUGAUGUCUCACUGCCAAUGACGGAGGAUUCAUUUAUCAGCUCAAUUGGAGCACUGAGGGAUCAAAAUGAUGCCUUAUUCUCGUCUCAGUCGUUUAUGCAUGCAAAUUUGGGCGUAAAGGACCUCAUUGGAAGAAGUAUCGUGCUAUCAAGUUCGAGGGACACGGUGGACAAAGACUCUUUAUGUGGAGUUAUUGCUCGAAGCGCAGGAGCAUGGGAGAAUGACAAAAGUCUUCUUACCGAGAUGAAUUUGCAUAUCGAGCGACUACUGUUGGCUGAAAACAGGCUCAGGUUUAUCCCUGAUGAACUACUGGUAGUUUGCGAUGAUAGAUUGAGGGCCCUUGAUCUUCGAAGCAACGAUCUCCACGAGAUUCCCAGUAGCAUAGCUGCGAUGUAUCCCAAUCUUGAGCUUCUUGAUCUUUCAUCAAACCAGUUAUGGAAUCUACCUAAUUCGACUUCCUCCUUGGAGAAUUUGAGAGUUUUGAAGUUGAAUAACAAUGUAUUCUCCUACCUUCCCCCAAUUCUAGGGGAACUCAUAUCUUUGGAGAAAUUGGUUGCCCACGGAAAUCCGCUAGUUGUUCCAUCGCAACAGGCUAUUCAAACGCUCGAGAAAGACACGAAUCGUUUGAAAGCAUAUUUGCUCUCUAAUAGUCUUUUGUUAGAGCAGAACUUAAACCAGCAAUUGCAACGGGUGAAGUCUACUAACCUGGUUUCAACAAGGUCGAGGUCCUCGUCCGAUACUAAAAUGAAGACAUCCAAGGCAUCUCGAAGGAUGGGUUUAAUCAUAAACAAAAACAAGAAACAAGAAGCUAAAAGCGAUUCUGGUCAAAAAGCUGACAAGUUAGCAGAUCAUUCGGAGUCGAAUGCUGGAAGGCAGGAACCAGAGUCGCAUGAGACCCAUCUGAUACCGAGAACGUCUCCACCAGCUAUUUCAAUGACUAGGCUGCGACAGAAUACCAUGACUGAAAUCAAUGAUAUGCUUCAACAACCAGAGCUUAGUGAUACAGAAUACAAAUCGGGGGCUUAUUUUCGUCGUCUUUCCACUUUGCAAGAGCUUCCCUCCGCAGACCAGAAGCGUGAGACGUUUUCAAUGCUUGACAGACUGAGUGAUGUCUCCAAACCGAAUGACUUUGGGAUUAGCAAAUCACCGAAUCCAACUUCCGCGGCAUCUAACGUUGUGCGAAUCAGUGAGACAUUUUUGCCAGGAUCAUUCGUCAAUACGAACGAAGCUGUGAUCCCUAACGCAAAUUCAGGCCAUGAUAACAGCAUCCUAGAUUUAGCUACAAUUUUAAAAGUAGCCCGCAAAAUUUUGUUCUCCUUCAGCGAGUUUCAUUCUUCAAUUAAGCGCUUGACUGGCUUUUGUACGGAUCGAAAAAUAGCAGCUAGGACAAUUUCAUUGCUCCAUAAUUCUAAAAGUGAUAUUGAUAACUUAGUGGAAACCAUGGAAUCUUCUGAGGAGCAGAAUGAAGGAUCAGAUGAUCUUUUUAACGUUGUUACAACUUGUGUUCAUUCUUUUAAACAGAUAUUGUCAUAUUUGGUAGACAAUUUCUCCUACUAUGUUGCUCGGAUUGAUGUAUGCUUCAUCCGUAUGGUGUAUCUUACGAUCUUUGGUGCGUUCAAUGAAUUGCAAAACGCUCAUGGAAUAAUCAAUCCCAACUUGAAGCUCUCGAACCCGAAGUCGCAUGGUAUUUUGGCAGACCAUUCGAAGCUUCUGCUGAGCAAUCAAAACAUCGAAUAUCUGGUAGAGCAAAACAAGGAUGGGUACAGUAAUCAAGCGUUUCUUCAAAGGACGGAUAAUAACACUGUCCUUGAUGAUGUUGACGAAAAACUAUACGAAUCUAUCAAUGUGGCAAUCACAAACGCGCAGGUUGUCUUCAACGAACUCACAAAAGCUAUGAAUAAGAGCGCUGUCGCAUCGACUAACAAUGGUCCACAAGCGAUGAAUCCCCUGGUCGCUUCAAAGUUUAAGGACUUAACUAAUACUUGCAUGUCCUUGAUGGACAUCACAAAACGUCUUUCCGCAAAAAUACCAACCGUUAAAGCUAGCCUUGCUAUACAAGCCAAGAAGGCUUUUUGGGACGACAUCAAUGUUUUCCUUAAGGCUAUUAUCCAAACAUUUUCGUCUGUCAAGCUUAUAAUGAAGGACGCACCAAUCUUGAACGAGGUCCGGCAAUCCAUGGCGAAUCUUACGAAGGCAACCAAGGAACUCACUAUCUUACUCGAGGCCUCAUCUUUUAGCAUCUUUUCUGAGGCGGCCCUGACAGGAUCAUUUGCCUGGAGCCAUUCUCACACGAAUCUCUCACAUCUUGGGUCGCUGUCGGCUCCUGUGCGGACACCGCUAGUCGCAACAGUAGGCGCUGCAGCGGCGCAGGCUAUAAUGCCAAAUAAUGACAACUCCACAUUCGAUGACACUAUAGUCAAGUCGACCGAUGGGGGAGGUUAUGGACAUGGAAAAGAAUUUCGCCAUGAUAACUCGGUGUUGAAGAAAGAUGGGUGUUCCGUUAAGUCUCAGCCGCAGGUUCAAAUUUUGGGUCAGGGACAAUUUGCGGCUGACGAGCCAGGAAAUGAAAAUGGAGAGGAAAUCAACCUCACACAUCCUUCACAUACGACAUUCCACAACCAGCCGCUUUCUCAGGACGAUAUCAAGGAUAGGAAGCAAACCCGCUUCUACAGAUGGCACAUAGAUUCAGCUUUGUAUGGCUUAUCGCCACCAAAGGUCACGACAUUGUUAGGAAUUAAAGUGCCUCCAGCUACGCAAACACAGACCAUCGAUUACAAUGAUGGUUCUGGUGAAGUGUUGAACCUCCUGCAAGGAGCAACAUGCUUUGUAAGUGGUCAAGAAGCUUUCGAGAGACUAUCGAUCGAGGAAAAGGAGUUUGCACUUCAUACUCUUGUUGAAUACGCCCCCAUCCCUAUAUAUUCAUUUCGCCAGCCAAAGCCACGAAAGACGGAUUAA